AUGACUUCGCCAGGAAACCACCACGAUGAGCUCCCCACUCACAACCCUCACUACUCGCUUUUGGGUUCCGACCUGAAGCUCUUCUCCGAUGCCGGUUUCGACAUGGACAAGAUCCAUCUGAAGCGCAAUGCUUCCGUUGCUCAGCUCUACGAGGACGCCAUCAAGAAGGAGGGUGCCGUCAUCUCGUCCGCUGGUGCCUUGAUCAACUACUCUGGUAAGAAGACCGGUCGUUCGCCCAAGGACAAGCGUAUCGUCUACGAAGAGACCUCCAAGGACCACGUCUGGUGGGGCCCCGUCAACAUCAAGAUGGACGAGCACACCUUUGAGAUCAACCGUGAGCGUGCCAUCGACUACCUCAACACCCGUGACGACAUUUACGUCUUUGACGGUUUCGCAGGUUGGGACCCCAAGUACCGCAUCAAGGUCCGUAUCAUUUGCGGUCGUGCCUACCAUGCGCUCUUCAUGCACAACAUGUUGAUCCGCCCCACUCAGGAGGAGCUCGAACAUUUUGGUGAGCCCGACUUUAUCAUCUACAACGCCGGUCAGUUCCCUGCCAACCGAUUCACCGCCGGUAUGACUUCCUCCACCUCGGUUGAGGUCAACUUUAAGCGUCACGAGAUGGUCAUCCUCGGUACCGAAUACGCCGGUGAGAUGAAAAAGGGUAUCUUCUCCGUCAUGCACUACCUCAUGCCCGUCAAGCACAACCAGCUUUCCCUUCACUCUUCCGCCAACCAAGGCCCCGAUGGCGAUGUCUCGCUCUUCUUUGGUCUUUCGGGUACCGGUAAGACGACUCUCUCUGCUGACCCUAACCGUGCCCUCAUCGGUGAUGACGAGCACGUCUGGUCAGACGAAGGUGUCUUCAACAUUGAGGGUGGUUGCUACGCCAAGUGCAUUGGUCUCUCGGCUAACAAGGAGCCCGAGAUCUUCAACGCCAUCCGCUUCGGUGCGGUUCUGGAGAACGUUGUUUACGACAAGCUUACGCGCGAGGUCGACUACGACGAUGCUACCAUCACUGAAAACACUCGAUGCUCUUACCCUAUCGAGUUCAUCCCCAACGCCAAGAUCCCUUGCAUGUCCAACUCGCCACCCAAGAACAUCAUCUUCUUGACUUGCGAUGCUUACGGUGUCCUUCCCCCUGUUUCCAAGCUGGAUGCCAACCAGGCUCAGUACCACUUUAUCUCUGGUUACACCUCCAAGACUCCCGGUACCGAGGAUGGUAUUCAGGAGCCUUCCCCCACCUUCUCCACUUGCUACGGUCAGCCUUUCAUCGUCCUCCACCCACGUGUCUAUGCCAAGAUGCUUGCCGAGCGUAUGCAGAAGCACAAGGCCGAUGUUUGGCUCGUCAACACCGGUUGGGCCGGUGGAAAGUUUGGUGUCGGUCAACGAUGCCCUCUCAAGUACACACGUAAGAUCAUCGACUCCAUCCACGACGGUUCGCUCGCAAAGGCAGAGUUCGACAACUUUGGCGUCUUCAACUUGCAAAUCCCCAAGAAGAUCGACGGUGUUCCCGAGAACUUGCUUAACCCUGCCACCAGCUGGCCAGAUGUCAGUGCUUUCAAGGUCGAGUUGAACAAGCUUGCCCAUAUGUUCAGCACCAACUUUGAAAAGUACGCCAACGAUGUCAGUGCCCAAGUUGCUGCUGCUGGUCCCAAGGCCUAA